AUGAAAUAUUAUUUAUAUUUAUUUUUGUUAUUUACAUUUGCUAAUUUAUUAUAUUCAUGUCCAACUUAUCCUUUACCAAUUAAAAUUGAUCAAAAUGACCCAUUAUUAUUAAAAGCUUAUAAUGAUAUUGAUUUAUUAAUCCAAAGUAAAAUGAAAGCUGAUGGUGUUAAAUCAUUUGUUGCAACUAUUGUUUACAUGGACAAAGUUGUUUUUUCAAAAGCAUAUGGUAAAUUGAACUAUUUAGAUAUUAACUCACCAAAUUUAACUCUUGAUCAUAAGUAUGUAUUUAAAGAAAUUAAAAAUUUUAGAAUUUCAAGUGUUACAAAAGUAUUUACAUCAUUAAUGAUGUUUAAAUUAAGAGACCAAGGUAUAAUUAAUUCAUUAGAUGAUGAUAUUCGUGAUUAUUUCCCAAAAUUUAAGAUUAAAUCAAUUUUUAAAAAAAAAGAAGAAAAGUUUAUAACAUUUAGACAAUUGGCAUCACAUCAAAGUGGUUUAUCAAGAGAGACACCAUGUCAUAGAAAUGAAUUUGGAACAAGUAAUUGUACAGAGAAAAUUAUUUUAGCAAAAUUAUCAAAACAAUUUUUAAUUUCAAAACCAACUACUUUAUCACAUUAUUCAAAUUUAGGAUAUUCUUUACUUGGUAGAACUUUAGGUGAAUCAUUAAGAAUGAAAAGAAUGAAAGAACAAGAGCCAUAUGAAUAUUGGGUUACAAAUAAUAUAUUUAAACCAUUGGGAAUGAAUAAUACAACAUUCAAUUAUGAAGAUAUUAUUAAUAAUACUGCACCAGGAUUAGUAAAUAAUAAUGGUAAAUAUUCAAUACCAUCAAUGACAAAAUCAGGUUGGAAUUCACCUGGUGGUGGUGUUUUUUCAACUGCAAGAGAUAUGGGUAAACUAUUGAUACAUUUAUUAGGUAUGAAUAAUAAUUCACUAGAUAUAAGAUCACCAUCCUAUUUAAAAGAAUCAACAUUAAAUGAAUUAUUUUCACCAAGUAAUUUGUUAAACGAUGGGUCUGCUUCCUAUGGUAUGCCAUUUUUACAUUCGUAUAGUACCAAUAAUUCUCUUUGGAUUUUAUCAAAAAAUGGAGACUUACAAGGAUAUGUAUCAAAUAUUGCAUUUGUAAAACCAUACAAAUUAGGUUUAUUUUUUUCAUCAUUAACAAGUGUUAGUAGUAGCGAUGUUUAUACAAAUGCUGCAAUUGAUAUUUUAAUACCAGUUUAUAAAAAAUUAUUAGAACAAGCAGCAAUAGAUUCAGUAAUUAAUUCAACAACAACAAGUUCAAAUUCAACAACAACAACAACAACAACAACAACAACAACAACAACAACAACAAAUAAUACUAUGGAAUCUAUUUUUAUUUCAAAAAUCCCUCAUUCACUUUUAAUUGGAAUUUAUACAAAUGAUUAUGGUAAUAAAUUUUUAAUUUUAAAUCAAACAACAUAUGGUGAUUAUUUAAAUAGAUUAUUAGUAAGUUAUAAUGGUGCAAGUUUAGUUUUAAAUAAAUUCGAACUUGAUAAUGAAUAUCCAUAUAUUAAAAGAAUUUCAUUCUAUAAUGAAUCAAUACCAACUUGUAGAACAAUAGCUAGUGGAAGUAAUGAUGAAUUAAUUUAUUUCACUUUUAAAGAUAUUAAUGGUACAAUUAUUGAUUUUAAUAAUAAUAAUAAUAAUCAAAAUAUUGAUAUAAAUAAUUUAUUUGUUUAUAGUGUUCAAAUUAUGGAAAGAAAAAAAAAAAAAAAUUAA